AUGGAGGAGUCAGAGGAGGAUGGGGAGGACAACGAGGUGUUCCUGGAGCAGCUGAUGAUGCGGACAGGCCAGGCCGUGCCGCGGCAGGAGCUGGAGGAGCAGUACACCGUGCUGGAGGAGUUGGGCAGCGGCACCUAUGGCCGUGUGGUGCUCACCGAGCCCCGCGACGGUGGCUCACCAGUGGUCCUCAAGCUGAUGCUGAAGGAGCACACGGAGUGGAGGGCGUUCCUGAGGGAGUACUGCAUUGCCCUGUGCCUCUCUGGCCACACCGCCUGCAUCCGUGCCCUGCCCGUCGCCUUCGAGAGUGCCACACACUUCGCCUUCGGACAGGAGCUCGCUCCUGCUGGGGACCUGUGCACACUCCUCACCCCUGGGGAGGGCUUGGCGGAGGUGCUGGUGAAGCGCUGCGCCUCCCAGCUGGCGGAGGCUCUGGAUUUCAUGCACAGCCGGGCCCUGGUCCACCGGGACGUCAAGCUGGACAAUGUGCUGCUCUUCGACCGUGAGUGCCGGCUGGUGAAGCUGGGCGACUUCGGGCUCACCCGCCUGCAGGGCUCUGCCGUUCGUGCGAUGUCCAGCACCCUGCCCUAUUCCCCACCAGAGCUCUGUCUGCUCCAGGGCUUGGACACGCUGGAGCUGGACUCCAGCCUCGAUGUCUGGGCCUUUGCCGUGCUGCUCUUCUGCCUCUGCACCGGCUGCUUCCCCUGGGCUGUGGCUGCCAGCCCUGACCCCCAGUUCGAGGACUUCAGUGCCUGGCAGAGCGGUGCAGAGGGGCGGGAGGCACCUCCAUCCUGGCAGGCCUUUGGCUACGGGGCGCAGGAGAUGUUCCGUCGCCUGCUGAGGCUGGACCCUGAUCGCCGGAGCCCGGCCAUCGAGGUGCAGAAAUACCUGUCCCUGCCGUGGCUGACAGGACAGGACACCGGGGCUCGGCUGGAUGGUGGCGACAGGGGGGAGGCAGCAGCAGGAAACUCCCAGACCCCCAUUACCCAGGGCUGUGCCCCAGCCGGUGGCUCAGUAGGGGGUGUGAGGGAUGCUGCAGUUGCUGGGGAGCAGGGUGAUGGCAGCUACAGUAGCGGGGACGGUGUACCCACACCGCCUUCUGGUACCCUCGCCCUGUGCCACUAG